AUGGGACCACAGCGCGGCUCAAGGACUCAGUAUAGUGGCGCGGCCCCGGGCAUGAGCAGCAUGCUGGCAAGCGAGGCAGACUUUGCGUAUCUUGGUGGAGAGGACUCCCCCCGGAUGUGUGGCGAAGGUGAGCAGCCGAUGGGGCAUGUGCUUUCAGGCUCCACGGAAGCUUCAGAUGGUUGCGCAUCGAGACAGCGGCUCUGGCGUCGCGCCGCGGACUGGAAGCUAUCUCGCAAGGAUCUUCUGUUGAAGCAGGAGCUCAGCAGGACUCUGAAGAGCACCUUGUACCAGGCAACCUGGCAGGGCGUCGACGUGGCAGUCAAGUGUGCCGGCUUGCAUGAUGAGGCCAUGUCCGCCCAGCUUCUGUCCAAUCACCAUGGGCAGAGUUCCUCAGGUAAUGGAGACGACGAAGACAUCACGGAGGAACUCUUGCAUGAGAUCGACCUCCUUUCAUCUUUGCGUCACCCUGACCUUGUCAUGUUCCUUGGGGCUUGCAUCGAACAACAUCUGCCGAUCGUGUGCGUGAUGGAGUUCUUGCCCGGUGGAGACUUGGAGCACUUCUACAUGGCCCAGCGCAGGAAGCAUGACGCAGCAGUAUGGCACCCGGGGAUUCGGCAGGUGCUGCAGUGGAGCUUGGCCCUUGGACGGGCCCUCAGCUUCUUGCAUGGCCGUGGUGUGGUCCAUCGCGACCUGAAGCCAAUGAACCUUUUGCUCACAAAGUACUUGGAGAUCAAGGUCUCCGAUUUUGGCAUCAGCAAGUUGAUGGCACAUUGCGAAAGCGAGGGCAUCUCGAUGACGGGUGGCAUUGGCAGCUGGCGCUACAUGGCCCCCGAAGUGGCGAGGCACCAGGCUUAUGACGAGAAGGUGGACAUCUAUGCAGCUGGUCUCAUCAUGUACUUCAUGAGUUCCGGGAAGGCUCCCUUCCACCAGCUCGGUCUUGAUCCAGAGGUGAUCUUGCUCCAAUACCGGCAAGGCAAGGAGCCGCGUCCCACUGCCACCGACUGCCAUGCAAAGCUACGGCCGAUUAUGGUAGCGGCGUGGCACACCAAGCCUGUCCUGCGCCCGGGUGCCCACGAGAUGCUGGAGAGCCUACGUCUUGCGCAACCGUCCGCAGCCUCCUGCGGACCGUGUGCUCAGAUGUGA